AUGGACCUCUCGCCGCUGCUCGACAGCGCCGGCCUGCUGCGCCUGCAGACGGCGCUCAUCUGCUACAGCAUCUUCGCCGGCUGCGUCGGCUGGGACGUGGUCGUCGGCCUGCCAUUCGACCUGCAGCUCCUGCGCUCGCCCGGCUGGAGCUCUGCCGUGCGCGCCGUCAGCCGCAUCGCCUACCUGUGCUCGCGCUGGCUGGCCCUGAUCGCGCUGGCCCUCUGCAUCCGCAUGCUCGGCUGGCCGUCGUCCGACGCCGUGUGCAACCAGCUGCCGCGACUCAUCGAGGGCACCCUCGCCGCCUCGUACGUGUGCACCGUGACGGUGCUCUUCGUGCGCACACUGGCGCUGUAUCCCGGCCACACGCGCUCCGACUGGCUCGUUGCUGGCGUGCUCUUCCUCGGCUGGCUGAGCAUCCUGGCGUGCGGCAUCGCGGCGCCGUUCUUCGUCGAGGCGCUCCGCCCGCCCGGCCUCUCCGCUCGCUGCACCCUGCACCAGCGUAAUUCCGACGACACCGCCGUCGACGCGGUGCUGUCCUCGAUUGUCGCCUUCGACUGCAUCAUCCUUGCGCUGACGGUGAAGAAGAUGUACACGGCGCCCGACCACAAGUUCUUCGCCUCUGCCUCCAUCUUCUCGCGCCUCUGCCCUGCUGCGAAGGGCUCGGCGAAGCACAGCACGCCGGACCGUCCGAACCGCAUCGCCGUCGAUCUGCUCGAGCAGGGCCUCUACGACUUCUCGCUCCUCACCGUCUCAGCAAUCGCGGCGCUUGCGUGCUGGAAGUCGAACCUGCCCAGCGUCUAUCGUGCCGUGUCGGUGCUCGGUCUCGGCGCCGUCAGCGCCGCUCUUGCCGGUGGCGUGUUCCGAGAGACGACACGCGCCGCAACGGCAUUGCGCGAGGCCGAGGAGAGCAAGGUGGCCAGCAUGACGCAGCUGCGCGCGCUGCACGAGCGCAUCACUCGACUCGAGCAGCAGCGCGCCGCACACGCCGGCGGCAGUCUGAGCGCGGGCAUCAGCGAGCGUUUCGACAGCGAGAAGCCAAGCCCGCGCCCACCGGUGAGCGCUGACUGCGCCCGGGUCAUGUUCGGCGACGGCGACGGCAUUCAGCGGGGCCAGAGCUUUGGAUCGACCCAGACAACGCGUUCCCGCGACUCCGACCUGUCGCCCAUCACGUCCGCUUACCACUCGCACCCGACUUCUCCGGCACCGCUGCUCCCCUCCGGCCAGGGUCACGGCACGCCAUUCCUCUCACUCUCCGCCUUCUCCGCUUCGUCGCUGCCGCCCACGCUUCACGACGCCGGCUGGACACGCGAGGAGGACGAAGAGACGCGCUCGCUGCCCUUCACUGCCCUUGCUCCUCCUCGGCGAGCUCGCCGCCGCCAGCCCGAGUGA